AUGGAACAGCCGAGGAAAGAGUUCAACUGGACUAAAGGCCACGAGCUCUUGUAUAUGAGUGGAAAUGUCUCCGUUAAAACCUGCAAGGCCUUGAUAGUGGCCUUCAAUGAUAUGGAGAGUGAGGCCAAGGUGAUGCUUGCAUCGACAAAGGUGUGUGGAGAAGGUAUUACCCUCUUUGGUGCGUCGCGUGUGGUGCUCCUCGAUGUUGAGUGGAACCCUUCUAUCGAAAGGCAGGUGAUUGGACGUGCAUAUCGAAUUGGUCAGCAAAAGAUUAUCCAUACAUACAAUCUAAUCACAGAAGGAACACAAGAAAAGGGCAAAUAUGAUAUACAAGCUAAGAAGGUGCAAAUGUCCAAAUUGUUGUUUUCAAGUGAGCCACAGCCUCUGGAGUGCAACCCGUCAUCAGAAUUUAUUUCCAUUGACAGGAUCUUGGAACAAAUGACAGAAUAUGAAAAUCUGAAAGGGAUUUUUGUGAAUAUACUCCCAUAG